AUGGUAGAAGCAACAUCGACAGAAGGACCGUCAGAAUCCGCUAGGAGAACAUCUCCGACUGCGCUCCGAUCACUGUCGGCUGAAUUCGGCAUCUUGGCAAGGUCUGAUGCCAGCGCCUCGUUUUCCUUCGGUCCAGUCAAUGUAGUCGCCUCAGUAUCAGGACCGACAGAAGUGCGCAUAAGGGACGAACUUACGGAUCGUGCGACCCUUGAUGUCAUCUACCAGCCUCAACACGGUGUUGCAGGCAUUCCAGCACGAGCUGUCUCUGAUGCGCUCACCACCGCAUUUUCCUCUGUGCUGCUGCUGCAUCACCAUCCACGUUCAUUGAUACAGCUGGUGCUGCAAACGCUGUCGUCACCAUCGUUGCCGCAGUCCGCUGGGCAGCCGCUCCAAACCGAUACUGGAGACAAUCAUCGACAUGUGCCAAGACAACCAUUGCUGCUGGGUCCCGAUGUUCCGCCUAGUGCUACCGAGCAGGCUGCACUCAUCAACGCUGCAUCGUUGGCAUUACUAGAUGCAGGAAUCCCGGCAAGAGCUAGCGUAGCCGCUUGUGCAUGCGCCAUACUUCCAGCGACACAGGGUCUCGUGCUCAGACAGAACAGUCACAUAACUGAGAUGUCUCAAUCGCAGUUGGCAGGUCUGGUGCGCCAGUACAAGCAAGAGCAAGAUGAAAGCGACGAUGUUGAUAGGUAUGACGAGAAAGACAGCAACAAGCGAUACACGGCAGAGACGGUGGUACUGUUGGACCCAACGCCAUUAGAGUUGGACUAUGCUCUCAGCACACACGUAUUUGCCUUUGCAUUCUCGCAAGCUUUGGAUGAACAGGAUAAGGAGGCAACACCACGGGAGAUCUCGGAACAGAUCUUUGCCGAAUCGCAGGGCGCUGUUGAUUUGGACGAACUGCAACACGCUCGUCGGCUUUGCUUGAGUGGAUGCUCUGCCAUUGUCGCUUUCAUGCGAACAGCGGUACAAAAACGAGUUGCGUCGCAGGUCGCAUGA